AUGGACGAUAUAAUGCCGUCUUCACCGAGGCACGCCCGCCCCUCGGGCAUUGCCUCGGGCACUGCUAAUGACAGCGUUCCGUCGAUUUGUCGAAUCUGUCGAGGCGAAGCGACCGAAACCGAGCCGUUAUUCUAUCCCUGCAAAUGCAGCGGCAGCAUCAAGUUCGUCCAUCAAGAAUGCCUGAUGGAAUGGCUCUCGCAUUCCCAAAAGAAAUACUGCGAGCUUUGCAAAACAUCCUUCCGAUUCACAAAACUAUACUCGCCCGACAUGCCUCAGUCGCUGCCCGUUCACAUCUUCCUCGAGCACAUGGCCAAGUACAUAUUUCGGAAUGUCGUGGUUUGGCUUCGUGCCGUCCUGGCUGUUGGCAUCUGGAUUUGCGGCCUGCCGCUCUCCAUGCGAGCAGUCUGGUCCUUCAUGUUCUGGAUCAGCGACGAAGGGCUAGGCGGCUCACUUUCGACCCUUCGAGGCGGUCAGGCUUCGUGGGAAGCUUCUCUAUACAGUGAAUUCUUCGGUCAAUGCUCAGCAAAUCCGCUCGUCGAAUCCGCUACAACAACUCUGGCCCAAGCCGCGACAAUGAUAAAGAAUCUGCCAGGCGAUCUUAGUGGCAUUCCAAAGUUCGCCGUCAAGUCGAUCGGAUACGCCGCAAACACCAUCAACGGUACGGGCUCCUUUCGAUCGUACAGAGACGAGAACGGCACAAUCACGGUGCUCUACGAGAUUGACUCCCCGUCUGCUUCUCUGCUCAGUAACGUCACAUUUCUUCGCAAUUUGACACAGAGCCCUAGAGUGAACAGAACAGUCAUGUCCAUCAUCGAGGGGCAGAUCAUCACCAUUCUCGUCGUCAUCUGCUUCAUUUUGAUCAUCCUGGUGCGCGACUACGUCGUUCAGCAACAACCAGAACUGAACAUGCGCGCCGCGUUUGCUGAUCAGGAAGAGGCUGCUCAAGUAAACGCAUUUGACGCUGGCCCAGCGCAACCUGCCGCACUGGAAGUAGCUGCAGACGAUGGCGGUCAUGAAAGCGAUGAUGAUAUCUUCCCAACAUACCCCCGUGACCCCCGUGAAUUCAUCCUACCCCCCGCCGAGGUCCACACUCAUCGCGAUUUACAUGAGAUGGAUGAACAGGAGGCUAUCAACCAAGUGUGGGCCAUGACUAUUCGUCCCGGCAUCUUCGUCCCCGGCCCUGAGGCUGAGGAGGAGCCGUCGCACGUCAUGGAAUAUCUUCGCAUAUUUCGACGUGCUCAUGGCGAUCAUGAUGAAAUUCUGCGAAUCAUCGAGCAAGAAGAUACCGCGGGCAGACUUCGCUACUGGGCUGACGCUACUCGCCGAGCCAUAUCCAAUAAUAGGCAAGACGGAUCGACUAACCAGGAAUCUGCCCUUGCCAGCUCGCAAAAUAUUUUUGAUCGUCCAGACACCCCGGCAGCAUCCUCCAGCCAUUAUGUUGAGUCCCCAUCCCGCGAGACGAAUCGACGCCACCAGCAAAGAUUCGAACCUGCGACGCCCGUCUUCCAACAGGAGUCUGCAGUCGCAAACUCCACAUUCGCCAACGGGCUACGACCCCGGGCCUCAUCAGAGGGGCCCAGUCGCUCCAACUCGAUACACCCUCUGGCGAAUAACAGCUGGACCUUUGAAGGACUGCCAACCGAUGAGCCUGAGUCCACCCACCGCAAAGAAGCUGCGCAAGAUACGUCCGAUUCUCCACAUGGCGAAGGAAUAUUCGGUGACUUUGAUGAUUCAAACGACACCACACACGACUCUGUACACUCACCCACCAUCAACCAUAUGCAGGGACAACCAUUUGAGCUAGACUUGAGCUUCAAUGUUGCCCCCGAACCCGAAGCCACUGCCCAAUCACUUCAGACUGACACCGCUGUUCAGACUGACAGUGCUCCCCAGACUGCAACUGCUGGUGCUCUACCAGGUGCCGUCCCUGCCAACAACGCGGAACCAGUUGGUUUGGUAGGCCGGGUGGCCGAUUUCAUGUGGGGUGACCUCGAUCACCACAUCGACGAACAAAACAUACAAGCUGCCGCAGAGCAUGAUGCUGACGACGAUGCUUGGGUCGAUGUCGUCGACGGCGAUGUCGGUGCAGACGACGCUCAACUCGGCGCGGACGAUAUGGAAGAUGCUGACGACUUUGACCAAGAAGCUAUUGACGAAAUGGAGGAUUUUGAAGGCGUCAUGGAGUUGAUUGGCAUGCGUGGUCCUAUCGCUGGUCUGUUUCAAAAUGCCGUCUUUUGCGCAGUCCUUGUCUCUGUUACCAUUUUCGCGUGUAUAUUUGUCCCCUACAACAUUGGCCGUGUCACCCUCUGGCUUAUGGCAAGCCCCAUGCGUCUUGUUCGUAUGAUCGUCGAGAUUUCGAAGCUCAUUCAAGAUGCUCUUGUCAUGGGUUGCGCUUUCGUGUCUUGGGGUAUCGUUAAUUUGGUGGAAAUGGCCACCAUCUUCUUGCCCAGUAGCGCCAUCUCCAAGGUCGUUUCAGCUCGAAAGGCAUGCUGGGCCCUUUGGGUUAACGCUGGGUCUAGGAUCUUUGAUUAUUUGUUCAUGGAUUUCCCCAUGUCGGCAACGGAGAUUCAAAACUUUUCAGCCAUCAGCCACAGUGCUCUUUUAAGCCUCAAGGGACAAGCUUCUCGCUCGUUUGGAGUCCUUCAACACCUUGGCUGGACGAUUUACGCGAAUGGUCUCACUCUACCAAAUGCUGAUCAGUGGGAAGCACUUGGCACAUCGGUCAAGGCUGCUAUACAAUACGUCAUCGCGUCCUCCUCGCUCCUAUUGACUCCCGACGCCUGGGUCAUCAAUUUGGGAGACUCGCAGGCCACGGAACCUGUGAACCCUGAACUUGCUCGUUGGUCUGGCGGUGAUCGAUUCUGGGCCAUCUUGGCCGGCUAUGGCGCGGUUUUUGGCAUGGCUGCCAUGUAUCUUCAGCGCAACAGCCCGUUCUCGAAUGGCGAAUUCAUGAGAGCUUGGGAGGCGGGCGUUAUUGACACUCUUCAGCAGGCUAGCGGCAUUAUGAAGGUGAUCUUGAUCAUCAGCAUUGAGAUGCUCGUCUUCCCCCUAUACUGUGGUUUGCUGCUUGAUCUGGCUCUGCUCCCGCUUUUUGACAACACGACUGUCCUAUCACGACUCAUGUUUACCCGCAACUAUCCUGCUACCUCAGUGUUUGUCCACUGGUUCGUCGGCACUGGAUACAUGUUUCACUUUGCCCUCUUCGUCUCCAUGUGCCGAAAAAUUAUGCGUCCCGGCGUUUUAUACUUUAUUCGCGACCCCGACGACCCGGAAUUUCAUCCCGUACGCGAUGUGCUAGAGAGGAACCUUAUUACACAACUCCGAAAGAUUCUGUUCUCGGCGUUUGUGUACGGGGCGCUCGUCAUUAUUUGUCUUGGAGGUGUAGUUUGGGGGCUCUCAACAGCGCUGCCAACGGUACUGCCCAUCCACUACUCUUCCAAUGAGCCAGUGCUGGAGUUUCCUGUUGAUCUAUUAUUUUACAACUUCUUGAUGCCACUGGCUAUCAAGUUCUUCAAGCCCGGUGACGGUAUCCACGCCAUGUACACAUGGUGGUUCCGCCGAUGCGCAAGGGCCCUGCGUCUAACGUCUUUCCUGUUUGGAGAUCGCAAAAUAGACGAAGAAGGCAACUUGCGGCUGUCAGACUCGGAAGGAACUGGCAUGUUGCGAAGCUUGUUCCUGGGAGUUGACCAGUCAAACAAGACCGUCGUCAAAUCGUGGAAAGACACCAUCGCUGGUGACGUUGGAGUUGAGACGGAAAAGGCGGAUCCAGAAACUCUAAAGGCCCACAAAGAACAUUUGGUCCAGUCUAAACAGCUGGUAGUCGAUGGGAAAUUUGUCCGUGCACCGGCCUCGGAUCGCGUCAAGAUCACCAAGGGUCGCAAGGUAUUUCUUGCCGUCGACGGGGAGAACAAGCGACAAGAUGGGAACGAGGACAAUGAUUUGUACGCUUCAGAUCAGUACCGCAACGUGUACGUGCCUCCCAGGUUCAAGUCGCGCAUCUUUCUCUUUAUUCUCUUUAUCUGGAUCUUUGCGGCCUUUACCGGCGUCGGCCUUACGAUAGCACCCCUUGUGAUUGGACGGAUGAUCUUCAAGGCUCUUAUUCCCGACUAUGUUCGCACCAACGACAUUUAUGCCUUCAGUAUCGGCAUCUGUAUCCUUGGGGUAGUCAGCUACCUGGCGAUCUACAGCCGCAGCGUGCUGGACAGGGUGCACGGUUGGAUGAUGACGGCGAAGGAAGAAGUGGCCGCUCGACGAGCAGCAAGCCGCGCAUUCUCGGCGUUUGUAUGGGCCAUUCAGCUUCUGUAUACUUACUUUUUCCUUGCCGUCGUCUUCCCGCUGCUCAUUGCGUUGCUUCUGGAGCUGUAUGUCGCCAUUCCUUUGCACACGUACAGGAAUCCUCCAACAGCGGCCACGAUGGAAUCAGACAAGGCUGAAUCUCUUAGCCAAGGCAGGCACACAGUGCGGCUGACGCAGGGGUGGACCCUUGGUCUGCUUUAUAUAAAACUUGGCUCGCGGAUGAUUACAUCCCUAUUUCCAGAGAGCCGAGCGGCGGUGGCGGUGCGAACCGUGUUGCGACGAGGAUGGCAGCGUCCGGAUGUUGGCGUCUUUACGCGCGCAUUUGUGAUUCCUGGUCUGGUCAUUUCUUUCUUUGCGAUAUUCGCGCCACCGUUUGUGGCUCGGUAUCUGGUGGAUUAUCAGGUCACGAGCUAUCUGCCAAAGGCGGGUGAGACUGCAGAGGAGAUGGCAAAGUUGGCCAUUUUUUACCGCUACUCGUAUCCCGGGGCUGCUGUGGUGGUCGUGAUGGUGAAGAAUGCCAUGAUGCUCGCCGGCUUGUUCAACGGGUGGACAUUAGGGCUGCGACCCGACCGCCACAGCAGCCGCGCAACCCACAGCAUGGAGCCGCCGUCGUCCCCGCCUAGUGCGGGCGCCACCGUUGAGGACGCGCUAUCCUGGUACAAGUCCCAAUACGUGCAACUCGAGGUCGAGCUCGCCGAGUUUCGCGAGUCCAGCCGCGAGCUUGAGCAGGAGCUAGAAAAGGACAUUGAGAGGGCAGAGAAGCAGGAGAGAGUCUUUCAGGAACGAGCAGAGGCUCUCGGAUUCGAGGUGGAAGAGUGGAAGCGCAAAUACAAAGAAUCCAAGACGGAGGCCGCAUCGGCGCAGAAUGCCCUCGAAAAGGAAAUUACUGUCCUCCGCAACACAAACCGCGCCCUUCAGAUGAAGCUGCGCGAUUCUGAGGUGGCCAACGACGACUUUGAGCGCCAGGCGCGCAACACAACGUCGUCGCUCGAGGAUAUGGAGUCCAAAUUUAACCAGGCUAUUGAGCGUGGCGUCAUCAUGGACGAGGAGAUGCAACAGGGCGAGCAAGAACGCGAGCGGCUGCGCAUCGAGUCCCAGCGUCUGCGCGAGGAGCUAGGUGAUCUCAAGAUUGAGGCUGAGCUCAUGCAGGACAAGCUCAAGAAGCACGAAGCCCGCCAGCACCACCUGUCCAUCAUUUCCACCGACAUGUCCGCCCUCGGUUCUCCCACCUUUGACCGACACACAGAAAUGUCGCCCAACUCGACCGCCAGCUCGCCUCUCAUCACCACGCCGCCGCCCAACGACAAGCCGGUGUCGGAGGCGGGCACCGUCUCUGACAUCAACGAGCCGCCGUCGCCGCCCAUGUCGGAGACGUCCAACCCCAUGCCCAGAGCCGUACCCGCCAAGACGCCUGUCCGCACGCUGCAGCGCAAACCCAGCCGUCUUCCUUCGAUGGACCAGAGUGUCACGCCCAAGCCUCGCGCCAAGUCGACGACCACCCGUAUGGCUGCCCCGCGCCUCUCUGGCGCAGGGGCGAGCAUAAGCUCCAACAAUCGCACGCCUGCCAACAACCGCUUACUCAACUCUCGGACGGCUUCUCACAAGCUGCCAGCCUCCAACUCGUUGUCUCACAUUCGCACCCUAACAGAAAAGAUGCAGCGACUAGAAGCGCGCGUGCACAAUGUGCGCUCGAAGCUCCCUGGCCCGGCCAGCAGCCCGCCUCGCGCCUCGCCCCGGUCUGCUAAGCACAGCAACGUUCCGUCGUCGGUCACGGUCCGGUCGCGCAAGCGCACUGCCGGCUCAGCCACGUCGUCCAUCACGGGAGACGAGACGACACCAACAAACUACCGACCGUCGACCUCGUCACGACAAGGCCACGUACCAAGACUCAGCACCUCCAACAUGAACCGUCUUUCCUUUGGUCCACUGCCUAACCGGGCGCCCGAUGCAGACAGCAGCCGGCCUAGUUCGCGGGCUAGCAUGUCGUCGUACGCGCGACCACCAUCACGAACAGAAAUGGCGCCGCCGAGACCUAUGUCGCGCACGUCGACUCGCACACCACUCAGCCGUCCCCGAUCAUCCAUGUCUCUCCACAGCCACUCGCACUCGCUCAGCACGCACCAUCUUGAUCUCGAUAUUGAAGAGGAGCACGAGGGCACCCUGCAAACGCCGAGCCGGCGCGGGACGUAUGGAAAGGCGGACUUUGGCAGCAGCAUGAGCGGUAUCCCAAUGCCCGGCGGCUCGUCGAUUCCGACGCCCGGCGGUCGUAGGCAGAGUGCCGGUCGUCGAACGAGCGUUGGCGUGGGUCGCGAACCGAUAAUGGCCAGCCGGCCUAGCACGGCUGGCGGCCGCAAGUUGGCAGAUGCAAGCGACCUGGGCGAGACAUAUUAA